AUAUUGACAAUAAAUAUCUCUCUGGUUAUUUUGCAUCCAAGUGACCUCGGUAGACAGCCUCGGCCUUUCAUCCGGACUGGGGUGAUUGACCACUGAGAAUUGGCGGGGAGAGCUGGCCCCGUUUUGGUCCGACCGACAACCGGCGGUUAAGCAACAACGUAAGGUUAAGGUCAGGCGAGCUGUGAGUCAACUUUUGACUCAGUCGUACGACCCGUUCAAUUCAAGCUUGAUUUUAUCCUUGAGUCUUGUCAUCAUUGGAAUUGAUUUGACAUCGGGCACGACCUGAUGGCCAUUGAUCGCUCAUCAUGUGGAAGGCGUCAGAUAAAUUGAUGGCCACCAUCAAGCACUAUGCAAGCUUCCCCGCAACCGGUGUAUCGCUCCGCCAGAUGGUGCAGUUCGGCGAGACACCGUCGCCUGGCACUCUGUUUAGAGCUUCGCAGUUUCUCUCCGAAGAGCUGCCCAUCCGUCUCGCACACCGCGUCGAAGAACUGAACCACCUUCCGGAUGGAUUGAACGAGAUGCCGUCGAUUAAGAAAGUGAAGGAUUGGUACGCGCAAUCGUUUGAGGAAAUUAUCAAUGUCCCCAAACCCUCUCUCAGCGACGAAGUCAAAGCACAUCUCAUACGCCCAAUGCGCAACCACAAAAAAGACUCCAAACCCCUCAGUGAGACAACAUGGAAUCCGAGCAUACGAGAAGGACAAUAUCGAUCAUCUCCAGACUCCGCCAUCACAGCCAACGGCAAAGAAAAUCGGGACCCGAACCACAAAGGGACCAAUGGAAACGGCAAAGCAAAAUUGACCCUGUCGAGGCGGUAUUUCGUGCCCGCCGACGAUUACGCGGACUGGCCGCCAGAGAUUGAUGCAUAUAACCAGCGAUUCAAGAGGACUCUACAACAGAUUAAGCGAAGACACGAUGGAGUUGUCACGACUGUGGCGCAGGGUAUAUUAGAAUAUAAACGCAAGCGACAACGGUUACAAAUAGACUCGAGCAUACAAGCAUUCUUGGAUCGUUUUUAUAUGUCGCGGAUCGGAAUCCGGAUGCUGAUCGGGCAACAUAUCGCAUUGACCGAGCAGACACACGCCCACCACCCGAAUUAUGUUGGAAUCAUAUGCACAAAGACAAACAUACAUGAAGUUGCCACGGAAGCGAUUGAGAACGCGCGAUUCGUAUGCGAGGACCAUUAUGGAUUGUUUGAAGCGCCCAAAGUGCAGUUAAUCUGCAAACCAGAUUUGAAUUUCAUGUAUGUGCCAGGCCAUUUGUCGCACAUGUUGUUCGAGACCCUCAAAAACUCGCUGCGUGCUGUCGUAGAGACGCACGGCGCCGAAAAAGAAGAAUUCCCCGUCACCAAAGUCAUUGUUGCCGAAGGUCGAGAGGAUAUCACAAUUAAGAUCUCGGACGAAGGUGGCGGUAUCCCGCGAUCAUCCAUUCCCUUGGUAUGGACAUAUAUGUAUACGACAGUUGAUCAAACGCCGAGUUUAGAUCCAGAUUUCGAUAAGAGCGAUUUCAAAGCUCCCAUGGCCGGAUUUGGCUAUGGAUUGCCCAUCAGUCGAUUAUAUGCGAGAUAUUUCGGCGGAGAUCUAAAGCUAAUCUCCAUGGAGGGCUACGGAACCGACGUCUACCUCCACCUCAACCGAUUAUCAUCUAGUUCUGAACCUCUCCAUUGACAAUCACCAGUCAUGAGGGAUGGCCGUGCACGAUUCACAUCAUUUAACCGCUUACACCCAUUUUAUCCCGAGCCUGACGUCAAACGUACAACAACAGACUCGAAGACAACAACGAAACCUUCUCGCGAAGAAUUCGUGGCACGAUCAUCAUCCCAAGGAUUGACGCUUAUGAAUGCACAAGCUUUACGGCAAAGACUCAAAACUAGAGAGGUUUCGGAACGAAAACAGGUUGCAGAUGUAGAAUCUACGCUGCAUAGUGAUAAUCAGGAUUCUGAUUGAUAUCAUGUCAAUCAGUCCUGAUAUCUCUUUAUUUGAAUUAUCUUUUUGGUUGGAAAAAGGAAUUGGAUAAGCAUGAUGAUAUCCUCAUUAUUUUUUUUCGCUAUUAUUACAAAGUGUACAUUAGGACCUGCUUAAUAGGUCUAUAUUUAUGCAUCUUAUAAGUAUGCAUGAAAAUACCUUAGUAUGAACAUAUGAGGUUGUUCUCGUCCACA